UUUCUUUUCUAGAUUCUUUUUCCUUUUCCUUUCUUUUCUAGCCGUUCAACUAGCUCGUUAUCUUCCCACUUUUGCUAAAGAAUCUCCAUUAACAAGACGAAGAUGUUAGAUUCCUCCCCGCCGAUCUCUUCUUCUCCAUCUAUUUAACAAGAUAGAGCCAGUAAAGUAAAGAAGAAACUAGCCCUUUGAGGAGAGAUGAUUCCCAAAUCACAUCAUUAAUGGCUUUUAUGCAGCUGAUCUUGUCGGAUUUAGUCCUUUCCUUCAUGUGUGUAUGGUCAGGAGCUCUCAUCAAGCUCUUCGUUUACAAGAUUCUUGGGUUUGGUUUUGAAAUCAAAGGAGAAAUCCUCAAGGCUUCUCUUUCAAUCUUGAGUAUGUUACUCUUUGCUUGGUUGAGUAAGAAAACCAAUGGUGGGUCUUACAAUCCUGUCGCCGUAUUGUCGGGUGCUGCUUCUGCAGGGAAUUUCAGUGGCUUUCUAUUCACUGUUGGUGCAAGGAUUCCUGCUCAGGUACUUGGAUAUAUUGCUGGGGUUAAGUAUUUCAUUGAGGCAUUUCCUCAAACAGGUCAUGGUCCCCCCCUGAACGUUGACAUCUAUAAAGGAGCUUUGAUAGAAGGACUCCUAACUUUUGCAAUUGUUAUCAUCGCACUUGGACUUGCUCGAACAAACCGAAGAAGCUUUUUCAUUAAAACAUGGAUCUUGAGUGUUUCCAGACUAACACUUCAAACACUGGGUUCUGAUUUGACUGGUGGAAGCAUGAACCCUGCCUCUGCUAUGGGAUGGGCUUAUGCUAGAGGAGAUCAUAUAACCAAGGAACAUAUAAUUGUAUACUGGCUAGCACCAAUUCAAGCAACUCUGUUAGGGAUAUUGACGUUCGGGUUGCUUGUUCAACCCCAGAAGCUCAAGGAGGAGAAGAUGAUAAGCAAGAGGAACAAAUCAGAUUGAAUGGUUGUCAAGCUGCCUUGUAUCAUUGUAGAUUUCAUUUUCCUGUUUUGUAAAUCCUCUCUCAAAGAGAGGUAAAUCUUUCAAACAGACUUUACCGAAAAAAA